GGUGCUGCUGAAGAAGAGGCUGAAGAGCCAGACGCUACUAUACAUACUACACUAAGUGAGACCAGCAACGAAGAAGAGAGCCACAGUCAAUUGGGGGAUAAAAAUGAAGAGAAGCAGCUGGAAAGCUUAAACAGCUACAAGGUAUCACCAAGUUCACCAAACAGUUUGGACGGAGCAGACUUGUCCUCCAUUGAUGCCAUGAUGUCAGCAGUGAUGAACGUGGGGAAGAUUGCUGAAAAUGGCGGGAGCUCUCAAAAUGUCAAAUCCCCCUCAAAGUCUCCUGCACCAAAUCGGAUUGGCAGGAGGAACCAGGAAACAAAAGAAGAGAAGUCUUCCUAUACCUGUCCUCUGUGUGAAAAGAUUUGCACUACACAGCACCAGCUAACUAUGCACAUUCGUCAGCAUAACACUGACACUGGAGGGACAGACCAUUCCUGCAGCAUCUGUGGAAAGUCUCUGAGCUCAGCGAGCUCCCUUGAUCGCCACAUGCUGGUGCACUCAGGUGAAAGGCCUUAUAAAUGUUCAGUAUGUGGACAGUCCUUCACCACCAAUGGAAACAUGCACAGGCACAUGAAGAUUCAUGAGAAGGAUCCAAACAGCACAGCAAGCACAACUCCCCCAUCGCCGCUGAAGCGCAGGCGAUUAUCUUCGAAACGGAAGUUCAGUCAUGAUGCUGAGAUGGACAGAGAGGAGAGGACACCUGCAAAAAAGGUUGUCGAGGAUGGUCACUCCGGUGAAGGGGAUAAAAAGGCUGAGGAGGAAGUUUAUCAUUGUCCAGUGUGUUUCAAAGAUUUUUAUUGCAAGUAUGGGCUGGAGUCCCACAUGGAAACACAUCCAGACAAUUCACUGAGGUGUGACAUCUGUUGUAUUACCUUUCGUACUCAUCGGGGCCUACUGCGCCAUAAUGCAGUUAUCCACAAGCAGCUUCCCAGAGAUCCAAUGGGAAAGCCUUUCAUUCAGAACAACCCUUCAAUUCCAGCAGGCUUCCAUGACUUGGGAUUCACGGACUUCUCCUGUAGGAAAUUCCCCCGCAUUUCUCAGGUCUGGUGUGAAACGAAUUUGCGAAGGUGCAUCAGUGACUUUCAUCGAUUUAUUUGUGAGACAUGUAACAAGGCAUUCCCUAUGCUUUCGGCGCUCAAACUGCACACAGAAACUCAUGUGGUGGAUCAGGGAAAAGAUAAGCACAAGCCACAGUCCACAACCCCACCCAGUGAGAACCCAGACCAGAAAGCCUUCAUGGCAUCCUUGGGCCUACAGUACACCAAAGACAUCAGGCCUGUCAAGCAGGAGGACAAUAUACAAGAUGAGGUCCAAGAAAUGCGGCUCAGAGCACUGAAGAGUAACCUACCUCAGGAACCUGGCAGCACCAGUCUGCUCAGCCUCUCGCCUCUGGAAGCUGCCUCUAUGGGAGGGUCAUUUUCAGUCCUUCCCCCUACAAAAGAAAACAUAAAGCUCCUCUCGCUGCAGCCUUUCCAGAAGGGUUUUAUCAUCCAGCCUGACAGCAGUAUUGUGGUAAAACCCAUCUCCAAUGAGUCUGCCAUUGAGCUGGCAGACAUUCAGCAGAUCUUGAAGAUGGCUGCUUCUGCUCCUCCUCAAAUCAGUCUUCCUCCACUUUCUAAGGCACCUUCUGUCCCUGUGCAGUCCAUUUUCAAGCAUAUGCCACCGCUGAAGCCAAAGCCUUUGGUAACACCCCGAACAGUCGUUGCAACCUCUACUCCUCCUCCUCUUAUCAGUGCCCAGCAAGCCUCCCCUGGCUGCAUCAGCCCAAGCCUCCCGCCUCCCCCUCUGAGGCUGAUCAAAAACUCCGUGGAGUCCUCAUCCAACUCUCACCUCCCCCAGCCAGGAGCCAAAUCAAGUCCUUCCUCACAGUUGCUCCUCCAACCCAAAGUAGAGCCUUUAACUCAGCAUGAGAUGAAGACGCAACUCGAGCAAGACAGCAUCAUUGAAGCUCUCCUGCCUCUAAGCAUGGAAGCCAAGAUCAAGCAAGAGGUGACAGAAGGGGACCUCAAAGCCAUCAUCGCAGGGGCAACGAACAAGAAAGCCCCAACCAUGAGGAAAGUUUUGUACCCCUGCCGUUUCUGUGACCAGGUGUUUGCCUUCUCUGGUGUCCUGAGAGCUCACAUCCGUUCUCACUUGGGUAUUUCCCCAUACCAAUGCAACAUCUGUGACUACAUCGCAGCUGACAAGGCAGCACUGAUCCGGCACCUGCGGACCCACAGUGGGGAGAGGCCUUACAUCUGUAAAAUCUGCCACUACCCAUUCACAGUGAAAGCCAACUGUGAGAGGCACCUGCGAAAGAAACACCUCAAAGUGACCAGGAAGGAUAUAGAGAAGAACAUCGAAUAUGUCACCAGCAAUGCCGCAGAGAUGGUGGAUGCCUUCUGCUCUCCAGACACUGUGUGCAAGCUGUGUGGUGAGGACCUGAAGCAUUACCGGGCCCUCCGCAUUCACAUGAGGACGCACAGUGGCUGCCAGAAGAAGAAGCCGUUUGAGUGCAAGGAGUGUGGCACAGCCUUUUCGGCCAAGAGAAACUGCAUUCAUCAUAUCCUCAAGCAGCACUUGCAUGUGCAAGAAAGGGAGAUAGAGAAUUAUAUCUUAGCGGUGGACUGCAGUGCCCAGGAAAGCCAGACAGACCCUCCUUUAUUGGAAGACAGCACUUAUAUGGACCACAAGUCCAUGACGCCUUUCCUGGAGCCGCAAAAUGGCUUCUUGCUUGGGUCAUCAUCUCAUGUUCCCAUCAAACUUGAACCUGCAGGAAACUUCCCGAUGGAUUUUGAUGAGCCGUUGGAUUUCUCUCAGAAAAACAAAAACCUGAGUGCUGUGCAAGUGAAGCAGGAGAACCUGUUUGGCUCUUCUCCCCUGUCCCUCUACGACUGUUCCAUGGAGCCCAUCGACCUGUCCAUCCCCAAAGCCCUGAAGAAGGAUAAAGAUGAUGUCCCGGGUGAAGCCAGGAAUCAAGAGUUGGCUGCUUCUGGAAACAGUGAUAAAGCCUAUAACUGUCUGCAGUGUCCUUUGGUUUUUGGUGCCAGUGGGAACUCAGAGAAAAACAGGGCUGUCAGACAUCCCCAGCCACUGAAAGGUUCAUUGCAUUUGACUGUCCCAAUCAUUUCCCCGGCUCUCCUUGGCAAUUCUGCCUUGCUGAGACCCUUGAGGCCUAAACCACCACCGCCACCUCUCUUGCCAAAGCCUCCAGUAACUAAAGAGCUGCCACCGUUGGCUUCCAUUGCACAGAUCAUUUCAUCUGUGUCUUCUGCUCCCGCUUUGCUGAAAACAGAUGCUGCAGACACCAGUCCCAAGGCAGUGAGCAGCUCAACUGGGUGUGACAAAUCAGGGAAUGCCAAAGCAAAAGUGACAAUCGUGACCGCCAUUCAGAGAGACUCCAGCCUGCCCAGUGACCUGACUCAGGCAUGUGAUCCAGAGCCGUCUCCCAUUGCCGAUGUUGGGUUGACUAAGAAAAGAGGUAGAAAGAAAGGAACGAAAAACAAGCCUAAACUUAGCAGUGGUGUGGAUCUGGAGUCAAGUGGGGAGUUUGCCAGCAUAGAGAAGAUGCUAGCUACCACAGACACUAAUAAAUUUAGCCCGUUUCUGCAGUCCACUGACAAUUUCAAGGAAGAAAGUGGCAGAAAUGGAACAAGUGAGGAUGAGAAGGAAACUGCCGAUGAUAAGCUGCUGAGAGGGAAGAGGAACUCUUACUCAGACUGCCUGCAAAAUAUCCCCUGUCCUCACUGUCCUCGAGUCUUUCCAUGGGCAAAUUCCCUGCAGCGGCACAUGCUCACUCACAAAGGCCAGAAGGCCUUCCCCUAUCAAAAAUGUGUUGUUGUCUUUUCUACCAAAUCUAAAAAUUUGCAGAAGCCUGGAGUUGCCAGCUGCUCCCUGAGGAGAAAUGUGCUUAUUCCCCUAUCUAAGGAAGGAGAUGCUGGAUCCCACACUUGCCUGCCGUUAUAUUGCCCCCUCAGCUUUAAGAAUUUAGCAGUGAAGGAGAUUGAUUAUCAGGUCACGCAAGGCUUUGUUGUAGGCAG